UUACCGCUUGCGGUUAUUUUUCCCAUGUCCCAUUACGGGUUCCGUACCACAGAACCCACGCAGCGGCAGCAAUAAAGUUAUAAACUCUGUGCUGGUCUAAGGUCAGAUCCACUCUACACUUCUGCUUAUUUGUUAUCAGUUCGUUGUCAAUGUCUUGCUGUUGCUGUCCUCCGAUCACUUAAGGUGGUGAUGUCACUCACUAGUCACGUUUCCAUCUAAAAGGUGAUGCGAAUCUUUCGAAAGUUCGCAAAAAAGGAAUUCCAAUUAGGUGCGUUUCCAUCAAGUGGUUGGAGCGAAAAACUACUCCACUGCCCGGCUCGUGGACGGCUGGAGAAGAAUGGAAUGGUAACCUUCAUUUUACUUCUUAAAUGAAGUAGAAUAAUGAACUGUUAACCCGCGAACUUGGGUUAUGUUAUUCAGCGUUACUGUAGAGAUCAUGACGAUAGCUUAUGUAACGGGAGUCCGGGCGUGAGCAGGACCGAACCGCGCUGUAUGACCCAUUUGUUUCAGGUAGCCUAGUUUUGCACCAAAAAUAUUUGAAAACCAUGCAAGUUUCAAAUAACCCCCCAAAAAAUACAUCACUUUCCCAGCGCCCCAGUUGAGGAACCAUGCUCUAACUGCUCUCAGCUUUGACAAACGGGUGGCAUGUGGCUCAGAAGGUAGAGCUGGUUGGCUGGUAACCGGGAGGUUGCUGGUUCGAUCCCCGGCACCUCCUAGCAGAGUGUGGAGUUGUCCCAGAGCAAGACACCUAACCCUCAGUGCUACCGACGAGCUGGCUGUCGCCAUGCGUAGUCGACACCACCGUCGCUGUGUGAAUGUGUGCAUGAAUGGGUGAAUGUUAGGAAAUGUUGUAAAGCGCUUUGAGUGGCCACUGGUUAGAAAAUCACUAUAUAAAUGCAGUCCAUUUACGAUCCUCCACUUUAUAGAGGAUUCAAACGAGUAUUUCAUAUGGAGGCAGUUCUUCUCAUGUGACAUAUAUAAUCCAUAAAAGCACAUGAGUUCAAUCUGGUAUUUUGAAUAAAGGAGUUAUUUACAUGUAGAGUAGCUGCUCCAUUCUUCUCCUGCUGCCCGCGGUUGUGAGUUGACGACUCGGAUGCGGGGCCAAGCUCCCACCGGCCUACCGAUUGGUCGAAGCCACGCGAAGAUGCGCUCUCAUUGGUUGAUUUCAACGGGGGGGGUUGUUACUUCCUGAUUACUCUUCCGGCUUACAUCGUACGGAAAAAAAGAGAAAAGACGAAUGGAAAAACAUUGAGACUUAAAAAAGCAACUUCGGCCCCGAUUUCUCCACCAAAAGAUCCUAACCGACUAAAGAGAUGAGCUCCCAGCAGUUCCCCAGACACGGCAUGCCGGGCUCCACCGGAGGCCCCCAGAUCCCAGGUGGGGGAAACCUGGUCUCCGUGAACCAGCAAGGCCAACAAGCCGGCGGCGACCACGACAGCGGCCGCGACGGAGACCACGCCCCCCAAGACCACCCCCCCGGCGGGGGAGGGGCGUCGCUGGCCUUCCGGGACGACAAGCAGGAGACGGUGGUGGUGCGACCCUACCCCCAGGUGCAGACGCACGGCCCGCCCCAAACUGCCCCCCAGCCCCUCCCCAUCCAGCCGGGCACCCCGGUGACGGUGUCCGCCGCCCCCGUCCACCUGCCCCAGGGCCAGCCCCCCAGCCUGAGCGAGGGGCCGGUGAAGCUCAAGCCCCCCAUGCCCAGCCGCCUCAUCGCCCCGGCCCCCGCCUCCAACCAGGCCCACCACUCCACGCCCUCCAAGGUGCCUAGCAACCUCACCGUCACCAUGGAGAGCAGCAUCACACCCACCCCCUCCAUCCCCGUGGCAACCAUCAGCGGUCAACAGGGCCACUCCGGUAACCUCCACCAGCUGAUGUCGGCCAACAUCCAGAUCAUCCGCAGUGGCGCGCCGGUGCAGAUCGGGACCUCGGCCGCGCCCCCUCAGACCUUCGGCUCCCACCUCCCCCGUGGUGCGGCUGCAGCAGCGGCCAUGUCCGGCCCCAAGACGGUCCUGCGGCCCACGACCGGAACCAACUCCGGCCAGGGCAACGUGCCGCACAUCAUCCACCUCGAUACCAUCAGGACCCGCCCCCCCAUCACCACGACGACGGCCGUGCUGCCCACCGUGGUCGCCCCCAUCUCGGCCAGCAGGACCCAGUCCCCGGUCAUCAACCCCGCCGUGACCCAAGCGGCUGACAUGGUUCACGGACGGGCCGGCCUGACCAUCCACCCUCCCCCCGCCACCAUCAGCAUCCAGCGGCCGCAGGCGUCCCGCGACGCCACCACCCGCAUCACGCUGCCCUCGCACCCCGCCCUCGGAGGCUCCAAGCCCCAGCAGCCCCACGCCCUGACCCAGAAGUCCAUCUUCAGCACCAUGACCCCGAUGGCUGCUGCUACGGUGGCCCCCAUCGUGGCCACCAACGCCGUGCCAUCCACCACCACCAUGGCCCCACACUCUCAGAUGACCAGCAACACCAUCGUAACCAUGACGAUGGCGUCCCACUCCUCCCACGCCACGGCGGCCACCACCUCCGCCAUCCCAGUCGCCAAGGUGGUCCCCCAGCCCAUCGCCCACACGUCGCCCCGCGUGCAGCCGGACUACACCGGGGAGAGAACCAACCUCAUCCCCAUCCCGGGGCACAGAUCCUCCCCCAGCGCCGUCACCAUGGAGGCCCGCAGCGACAACAGGUCAUCGGUUCCGGUUCAGUUCCAGUACUUCCUGCCCGCCUACCCCUCUUCCCCGUACCACACCUACACCCCCAUCACCAGCUCCGUGCCCACCCUGCGACAGUACCCAGUGACCCCGCAGGCCCCUAGCUCCGCCCUGCCGUCCCCCGCCGGUGUGGGCGUGGCCACCACGGUCCACCUCAACCCCAUGCAGCUGAUGGCGGUGGACCGCAUCGGCCUGCAGUCGCCCCAGAUCGGGCCCCAGGGCCUGCAGCCGGGGGCCCUCACAGCCCAGGGGCUCCAGCCCAGCCCCAUGGGGGUGCAGGGGCUGCACGCGGGGGCCUCCAUCACCACCGCCCAGGGCCUCCAGCAGGGGGCCCUCACCGCCCAGCAGAACCAGCAGCCGAUGGACGCCAAGCCUGGCAUGGUCCUGGCGGACGGCUUCGUGGCGAGCACCAUCUGCAGCACGUUCGGCGGCGCGCAGCCCGCGGCCACCAUGGUGCAGGCCCACACCCAGGCGGUGGGCGGGGCCCACACCCAGGGGGUGGGCGGGGCCCCCGCGUUAGCCUCCUCCCCCCGGCCCAGCAUCCUGCGCAAGAAGCCCACCAAUGACGGGUGUGCCCGGAAGAACCUGAUGUUGGGCGAGCCCAACGCGGGCCGGUUGGAGGGCUCGGUGAGGGGCUCGGGGUCUCCCAGGCCGUCAGGGCUGAAGCCCAAGGCUGAGGUCCACGUUGCCAUGGCGCCGCCCGUCAUGGCGGCGGUGGAAGCCCUGCCCUCCCAGCAGGGGGCGGAGCUCCAGCAGCAGGCGGUGGCGUCGUCCCCCGCCCAGCACCUGUCCCAGGCCCCGCCCCCCUCCGGCCCCCCUCCCCCCCCCUCCUCCCAGCCCCUGGCGGUGCUCUCCGCCAUGAUGCCCGCCAACAUGGCCGUGUCGCCGCCGGUGCCCGCCUCCAUGGCCAACACGGUGGCCUCGCCCACGCAGCCGGCCGCCAGCAGCACGGCCGCCGGCGCCCUCUGCCCCGAGGUCAAGAUCAAGCAGGAGGCGGAGCCUAUGGACACCUCGCAUCCCGGUCCUAACGUGAGCGGGGCGUCGGGCAUGGGGGGCCACGGGUCCUCGUCGCUCUGCGGCCCCCCUCCCGGGGAACUGCUCCCGGGGGCGUCGCCGCGUAAGAAGCCCCGCAAGCAGCAGCACGUGAUCUCCACGGAGGAGAGCGAGGUGCUGGAGACCAACUCCACGGACGAGGAGCGCGGCCUGGGCCGGCCAAUCACAGGCCGCGCCGAGCGCCGGGAGUCCCCGCCCCGGGAGUACGUUGAUGAGGAAGGAGUGCGAUACGUUCCGGUGAAGCCCCGCCCCCCUGUCACUCUGCUGCGUCACUAUAGAAACCCCUGGAAGGCCGCCUACCACCACUUCCAGCGCUACAGCGACAUCCGGGUCAAAGAGGAGAAGAAGGGCUCUCUGCAGGAGAUGGCCAACCAGAGGGGCGUGGCCUGCAGGGCGCAGGGCUGGAAGGUCCACCUGUGUGCCGCACAGCUCAGACAGCUGUCUAGUCUGGAGCACGACGUGUACAGCCGUCUGUCCGGCCUGCAGGAGGGACUGAUGCCCAAGAAGAGAGCCGCUGCCUCGGACGACGACAUGCACCGCAUCAACGAGCUCAUCCAGGGCAACAUGCAGCGCUGCAAGCUGGUGAUGGACCAGGUGACGGAGGCCCGGGAGACCAUGAUGAAGGUCCUGGAGCACAAGGACAAGGUCCUCAAGCUGCUCAACAAGAACGGCAGCGCCAAGAAGUCCUCCAAGCUCAAACGCAAGGAGCGCGCCUGA